AUGGCGAACAAGAGGCGGCGGCGCGCCGAGAGCUUCCAGGUCGAGCAGGGCGGCGAGGAUGACGCCCGCAAGCGGCUGGAAGCCUUCCACGCGCGGAUGUUCGAGCUGCCGCAGGAGGAGGCAGCAGUCGCGGCCCCGGAGGCCACUCGCGUGACCUUCAAGGCGAAGAAGAAGCACAAGAAGCACAAGGGCAUGGGCGGAGACGAGGACGACGGAGAGCCUGUGCCCAUGGUCAAGUUCAACGCGAAGCCCAAGAAGGAGAAGGAGAAAAAGACGAAGAAGAAUUCGGCUGAGCCCGUGCAGGUGAAGAAGGAGAAGAAGAAGAAGAAUGCGGGCCCCGCAGUCAUCAAGGUGCCAGGGAUGCCGACCGUCGUCAAAAGUGAAGCGGUCAAGACGAAAGUGGCCACGCAUGUGGUGAAGGAUAAUAAGAAAACGAAGAAGCAGCUGAUCACGACAGCGCCUCAGUGGCAUUCCAUGCAGAGUGGAGAUGCUCAGGACGACGAUGAGGGCGUGGACCCGUUGGAACAGGCGCUCGGGAGCAUGAAGGAGAUGGCGAAGAAGCAAGCGACGAAGCCGCCUCGCAAGAAACAGAAGAGCGCGACUGGCAAAGCGGUUGCUGCGCAGAAGACGGAAAAACAAAAGAUUGCUGAACCUACUGAGCCUAAGACUCGCCAUAGUGAAGUUGCUAGCAACGCUAAAUCAACUGCGCUAGGGAAGAAGGCGAAGAUCAUGUCAUCACCACAAAAGAGCAAAGCAGUCACCCAAGGUGCAGCUUCGUCUGUGAAGAAGAAUUUGGCGAAGGACGAGGCAAAGGAUACAAAACCUACCAAGCCUUUGACGCCGAUUGCAGCAUCUCUUGCCAAGGAUGCAAAGAAGAAGAACGACAUGUUCUUGCCAGCUCGAGAGGAAUCGGCUAAGACCUUAAGCAAAACCGCGCACUUCCUUCUCGACACGUGCCCCGAACUUGUAAGUGUGGACUUCCUUGAAGGACUGGGUAUCAACUUGUCCGCGAAGCACCUGAUGCAAGUCUUCGAGGCUGGAUCUGGCAACUCCGGAGUGCUGAUGAACAAAAUGGCGUCGGCCUUAGAGAACGGACACUUGAGUGUGCGUGACCCGGCAUUUGUCUCCGCCUUGGAGCGUCGGGUGGCCCUGAUGGAGUCGAAUACUGAAGUGAUGGAGCUGCUGCAUCCGCUUAUGGAAAGCAUGUCGACGGUGUGCGACGUCGGUUGCUUGUUGAAGCAAUUGUGUGAGCACUGGCAGCUUGAGCGUAAAAUUGCGUUGGUUCAGCAAGUCUUGCUGUCACAUAUUUUUGACGACCUCGAUGGAAAUCAAGAUGAAAUCUUGCUCGACCUACCUGAUCUGACAGAUCGGCUGGAUUUCCCUAGUCGUUUAGACCAGGAAGACGUCGAUGAAAACGGCAACUUGAAGGGCUUCCUCGCGCAUGACGACAGCGAAUUCAGUGAAGUGGAAGGAUCAGAAGAAGACCUGGACGAAGAUGAUAGCGAGGAUGAUGAUGCGGACCCUUACGAGGGUGAGACCGAUUCGGAGGAAGAGGAUGAGAUUACUGGUCGUUCUCGGGGAAGGAAUCAGUUUAUUGAAGAUGAAGCUGAUGUUGGAGAAGAGGAUGAAGAGGAGGAACAGGAGUGCCACGAUGACGAUGAAUCGUCUUCAUCGGAU